AAUUUCCUAACUAAUGUGCAAACCUCUUUUGCAGAUUGGAUCUUGGUGCAUUACUUCAAAAAGCUCAAGACCCUGUAACAGAAGCUCAGUACAUUGCUCAGUACAACCAGCAAGCAACAGAAUCACUUAAAAAUACUAUAGGAAUUGGAACAUCAAGCAAUCAGACGUCUGGUCUACCCUCCUCUAUUGGUAACCAGUCUGUGAAUUCUAUGGUUUCUCUAUCAGGUCAGCAGUCUUCUGGUAGUCAUCUGGCUUCGUUGUCAGCUGCCAAUGCAACUGGUCAUCCAGCAACAUCUCAUUCAGUUUCAGGGAGUACGACUGUCACACAGUCAAACCAACAUACAAUACAACAACAGAGAGUUAAACCUCAACGGACUAAGCUACCACCACCAUCUAAGAUCCCAACUAGUGCUGUGGAGAUGCCCCAUCACUUGAUGCCUCAGUUGGAUGUCCAGUUUGGUAAUCUAGAAUUCCGAGCCGACAGUUCUCCAUUUAGCUUUACUGUUAGUGAUACAGCUGUAACUUGCAGCUUCACCACAGCUGUGACCAACAAUUCAAGUGGCAUUUCAAACCACAUGAGUUCCUCCAGUCAGCAAUCAGCAGACUCUGUGAUGACAUCAUCAAUGUUGUCAUCCAAUCCUUCCAGCAAGUCGAUCGGACAUCUAGAACAAUCAGCAGCUCGUGCUAAUAUGUUUCCCAACAGUUACCAAUCUCCUGCAAAGAAGGAGGUGACUGCAUCAGCAUUAGUUGGCCAGGCAAGUAAAAUUGCCACUCCAGAUCCUAUACCAUUUCCAUCAUCUCCAAAUGAACGGAAGUCUAGUCCACUAAUUGGUCCUGGUCCAAGAACUGGCCAGUCGCCUAGCUCCCUAAGUCAAAGUGCAGUCCCUGUUCAAAAAGCAGAAACAAACAGUCUAAACUCUUUCACGCCCCCAGGUAGUACAUAUCCUACCGCAAGUUACCAGAGCCACAAGCCAGCCAGUGUAACUUCUUCAUUAUCUUCCACUACUGUGUUUAGCCACCCCUCCAACAGUCUGUCUCAAUCAAAUUCAGCUCAUUAUCCAGCUCAGUAUCAAACACAGUACCCUAAUACUCCCCAAUACAACCAUCAGGGCUACCAAACUAGUUCUUCAUUCCAAUCACAAUCUAGUUACUCAUCAAACCAACCCAAUCAGAACUCUCUGUAUCAAAGCUCUGCACAGACUAGUUCCUACCAGCCCCAAGGCAGUAACAGCAAUUCAACGACUGCAUACCACCCACGAGAAGCCCAAUCAACACCUGCUAAUUCGUAUCAGACAGUUGUCAGCCAGUCAUCAUAUCAGCGAAGUAACCAGGCUAAUCUGGCUGCCACAUCUCAACCUCCACCUGUUAUAUAUAGCAACCCUACAUAUGGAUCAGCUCACCCCAGUUCUCUCCAAACAUCACCGCUCACAGAUGCUAAACUUUCAGAAUCUCUUUCCAAAAUGACAGUUAAGGAUACCUCUCUAGAAAAUUCUCAGUCUUCAGCUCAGUAUGACCAUUCUGUAUCUGCAACAACAACUACAGUAAGUCUGACGACGACAACCAGCACAACCCCUUCGUUGACCAGCUCCACCACAUCAGGUUCUGUGAUGGCAGCAACUACAACAACGCCAUCUACAAAGGCUACUCCACAGCUACCAAACACUGGAAAAGCCCCACCUAACUUACCUCCUGGUGUUCCCCUUCUAAGCCAUCAAUACAUAAUGGGACAAGGUACAAUACCACCUUACUUUUCUCUUUCACAGAGCCUUCAGCAACCCUUGUAUACUACUAGCUAUGAUGAACUGCAAAUGAUUCAACAAAGAAUGCCAAUGGCGAGUAACUACUAUGACAUGGCAACUUUUCCAGUGCCCACCACAUUAACCAGUCGGGAUCAAGCUACUCUUGGUAGUGUUCCAGGUUACUCUGCUACUGACAACAAAUUGAGCCGAGUUGAAGCACAAUCUCCAAUUCCAACAACACAGCAACAAUCAAGUCAGUCAGCUCACCAGCAACCCUAUAUAAAUCUUCAUUACCCUUACUACUAUCCUUCCAUGUUGCCAGGAGCUGCAGGGUUUCAAUAUCACACAAUGUUUGCAAUGCCACCUGUAACAAACACUGCCCAUGGUGGAAAUACUGGUACUGCACAGUAUCAAAAGAAUUAUGGAUCUCAUGCAUACAAUACUGGUGGUAAAACAAGUGGUGUUGGUUCAGGAGCUGCAUCAACUGCUGACAUCCCAGGUUCUGGUUACGGAAAAUCUCAUGGACCAGCUUUUGAAAAACAAGGCUUUCAUACGGGGACUCCCCCCCCGUUCAGCCUGCCGCUAGCUACAGGAACCCAGGCAGGUCCAAUGGGUGCUCCCACCACUCCAUAUGGGACUCCAUUUGUACCCCUUGUGACCCAUCAGCCUCAUUCCCAGAUGCUGCACCACCCCCUGCAACAGGAUUCCAGUGGUGGCUCAAGCCGUGGUGCCCAGCAGGCUAGCACACAGCCAAAAUCUGGAGGUUCUAAAAAUUAUGCACCCACUUAUUGGAGUGCAUCCUAAGUUUACCUCACUUGUGUGAAUCCCACUUGCAGGGGUGUGACCUCUUCCAAAAGGUUGCUAUGGUGACCACCUUUUUCUCUCUUUCUCUCUUUCUGGGUUUGCUGCCAUUUGUCAGCUUGUUUGGUGGGCUCCCCUCCUCUUACCAAGACCUCUCUGCCUGUGUGAAAAUUCCUACCAUAGGGUUGGCUACAUCUCUCAGCAAUAUGUUGAUGUAGCAAUACCACCUACCAUUAACUAGUUUCAUAGUCUUUUAGCAGCUCUGUGUACAGUUUUGGCUAUUCCUUUUGUUUAUGUAUGUAUGUAUAUAUAUGUGUAUGUGCGUG